GCCAGCCAAGCGCCGUGCGCGUCGCGCGAAACAAAGGAUAGGAACAGGCAUUGCAUCGAGAUUAUAAAUCAAAAACGUGGCAACAACAACAAUGCGGCGACUCAUCGUAGCGAUGCGCCGCACCCAGCCAACUAUAAACACUGCAGCCUCUGCAGCCAUCCGCCGACGACACAAGAGCACGGAUCACUUCGACGCCGCCGCCACGGAAAAACGUAUAGGAGAACUGCAACGAUGCGUGAGAGACCACCUAGCCAGGCAGGACGUCGCCGAGGCCGUCGCCGCCGCCGAGGAGCUCGUGAGGACGUCGACGGAGGCCUACGGCGACGGCCGCGAGCAGGGCAACCCCGUGCUAGCGGCGGCGCGGAACGACGAAGCUUUAUGUAGGAAGGCGGCGGGCGACUUUGAACGAGCCGCGGAGCUCUUCGCGAAAAGCGCGCAACUUUAUGAAGCGUGCGGCAUGAGCAAUUCGGCCUCCUGCGCGACGGCCCUCCACAACCUCGGGGCGUGCUACAAGGACGACGCAAGUCAACCAGGGCGAAAAAAAAUGGACCGCAUGAUGUUACUUGACAGAGCGAAGGAGGCGCUCGACGAGUCCGUCUCUCGGAGAAUCCACUCGCCGGCCCAUGACCAGCGCGACCUACCGGCCCUGGCCUCGACGAAGGUCGUCCUGGCCUCGGUCAAGAGGUUGGACGAUGAUCGAGAGGGUGCCGCGCGCGAGUUAGAUGAGGCCAUCGUUGAUUUGAGGAAAGUGUUUGAGGAAAGUCCAUCAAUACCGGGCGUCGCCACGGCCCUCGCCGCGGCGUUGAACAACCGCGCGCUCCACGCCAAACGAGAUGGAGAUCCGGAAGAAAAGGCCGGCCACUGGUACGCCGAAGCUUUGCAAUUACGCGAGGGCGUUUUGGGCGAACAGCAUCCUCUCGUCAUCCAGACGCUCCACAACAUCGCGGAGCACCUCGACGCGCGGGGCGACGACGACGACGCGUACGAGGUGCGCCAGGACAUUUUGAGGCGGCUCGACGUGGACGAGGGCGAAGCGGACGAGAGCUUCGCGGCGGCGGCGGCGGCGUACGCCGAUAGCUGGUCGCCGCCUAAGUAGAUGUUUGUGUG